UUUGACUUCCAGACCUUCUUGGCUCAAUUCAAGUCCAAGGAUUGCCAGCACGCACAUAAGUACUUGAAAUCCUUCUUGGAUCAAUUCAAUCAGAGAAUAUGGACUGUUGAGGAACAGAUAAAGCUAUUGAGUGACUUCCAUGAGUUUCUCUUUGAGAAAUUGACCCAGUACAAACCGUUCGACGAAAUGGGCACCGACGAAGCGAAAAUCAACAACUGCAAAGAAGGCUUGGAGAAGCUAAUAAUGACAAAGGUCUACAGCUCCGUCUUCAGUCCGGCAAUGUCGUUCAUCAAAUUGACGGACUCCCACAAGCACGACAAGCUUAUGGACAGAAAGUACUUGAUGAACACCUACCUGUACAACUGGGUUGAGUUGAGGCAUUUGGACUUGGACAUGCGAGUGAAGGUUGAGUCCAACUUCAUCACGCUGGCUUCUGCCGAGUUGUCCAAAAUUGACAAUUACAAGUCUCCGAGAGACAAAAUCGUGUGCAUAUUGAAUUCGUCGAAGAUCAUAUUUGGAUUGAUCAGACAGCAAGAGACGCAAGAAAAUGCAGACUCUUUUGUGCCGUUGCUAAUAUACGUGCUAAUACACUCACGCUUCAAACAUCUCUAUUCGAACCUCCAAUACAUCGAAAGAUUCAGAAACCGUGAUUUCUUGAUUGGCGAGACCUCGUACUAUGUCAGCACCCUGCAGAUUGCAUGCAACUUCAUAGUAAACAUCACCAAGGAGCAGUUGACAGUUGGCGACUCCGAAUACGAGCAGAAGAUGAUAGACUCCAAGAUAAAAUUCAAGGAACUACAGCAGGACACUCGCUCCGGCGAGGACUCGCCCUCCCAAGUGCUGACCAAGUCCGCCGAGAUGGUGAAGCAGUCGCUUUCUAACUCCAUCAACUCGUUCAUUCAGAAUAUUACCGCCGAUGACGAGCACGGAAAUAGCAUCGCAGAGCAGCAAAGCGCACAACAGCCCCGUAGGCGGCAGCGGAACACAAACCACCUUGAGGUAAGCGAUCAGGAGUUGGAAAGAAUCAAACAGCUUUCUGUCGAAGAGAACACCGCCCUUGACCACCAACGUUUGCGUCGGAAGGAGAUUCUCCAACAGCUUGUAAGCAUGUUUCCUACGCUCGAUCAGGGGUUGAUCGAGGACGUGUUAGGCGGCAGUCUCAGCUCAGACGGAUACAACGUCAGCGAGUGUGUCAACAGCCUACUAGCGCUCAGCGAG